CCAACAGAGUUUCCCCUGGCCAAGCGGGCCUGACAAUGACACAACCCCGGGGCCCAGACCACUGCCCUCCGUCAUCGGACAGAGGGGCACUCCAGUGGGGCAAAUUUUUGGGCAGUCUGGACGACUCAAUUCGAGUCAGAAGAGCACACGCGACAAGACAGAACACAUUCAUCUUGCCAUCGUAGAUACCAGAGAAUUUGGACACGAGCUUAGGAGCGCCUCGGAGCAACCUUACGAGGCCAUUGUUCAAGACCACAACCCCCAGAGCAAUCAACCACCACAUCUCAGCCAUGGCCGGUCAAUUUCCCACAAAGAAGUGCGGUGUCCUCGGCGCCACAGGCUCGGUGGGCCAGCGCUUCAUCCUGCUGUUGUCGCAGCACCCAUACUUUGUCCUGCACGCGGUCGGCGCCUCGUUGCGGUCGGCGGGCAAGAAGUACCGCGAUGCGGUGCGGUGGAAGCAGGCGAGCCCGAUGAGCGAAACGCUGGGCGAGCUGGUGGUGCGCAACUGCACGGCCGCCGAGUUUGCCGACUGCGACGUCGUCUUCUCGGGCCUCGACUCGGACGUGGCCGGCGCGGUCGAGAUGGAGUUCCUCAAGGCCGAGCUGCCGGUCUUCAGCAACGCGAAGAACUACCGCAUGGACCCGGGCGUGCCGCUCGUCGUGCCGACCGUCAACCUGCCGCACCUCGACCUCAUCCCGCACCAGCGCAGGCAGCACGGCCUGAGCAAGGGCUUCCUCGUGUGCAACUCGAACUGCGCCGUCAUCGGGCUCGUCAUCCCCUUUGCCGCGCUGCAGGCCAAGUUUGGCGAGGUCGACAUCGUCUCGGUCGUCACCAUGCAGGCCGUCUCGGGCGCGGGCUACCCGGGCGUGAGCAGCAUGGACAUCAUCGACAACGUGGUCCCCUUUAUCCAGGGCGAGGAGGACAAGCUCGAGACCGAGGCCCGCAAGAUCCUCGGCGGCCUCAACGGCGAGGCCAGCGCCUUCGUGCAGCAGGACGACCUGCGCGUCAGCGCCGCGUGCAACCGCGUCCCCGUGCUCGACGGCCACACGGCCUGCGUCAGCCUCAAGUUCAAGGCCCGCCCGCCGCCCAGUGUCGACGCCGUCAAGGCCGCCCUGCGCGAGUACGUCAGCGAGGCCGAGCAGCUCGGCUGCCCCAGCGCGCCCAAGCCCAGCAUCAAGGUGUUUGACGAGGCGGACCGGCCCCAGCCCAGGCUGGAUCGCGAUCUCAGCAAGGGAUACACCGUCAGCGUGGGCCGCGUGCGCGAGGACGAGAGCGGCAUCUUUGAUAUCAAGUUUGUUGCGCUGAGCCACAACACUGUCAUCGGUGCUGCGGGUUCGUCCAUCCUGAAUGCCGAGGCUGCGGUUCUCAAGGGAUAUCUUUGAACAGGGACAGCUUCAUGGGACUGUAGGUCCAUCAUCAACACAGACUCGUCCAUUGGAGGCCGGCAGGUAUGGGAUGGAAAUUUGGGUAUUAGCGGAUAGACAAAAUCAAACAAAAGCUGCCAGACCACGCAACAGGCCCGACCACCGAGUAUCUGGACCAAUCUCAUCCUCGAGACAGAGGG